CGCGAAAGGAGGUGUUGACUUUUCUCCUCUUCCUGCCCGGGCAUGUUUCUAUAGCUCAACUUCUGGUUUCGUUUUGGCUGUUUUGGAUCUCUGUCUUCUUGGAGAGGAUCCCUAAAGCGGGUGCGCUCAAGAGGAAAGGGGGAGAAGCCAAGGGGCCAGCCUUAAUUCCGUGGGAUUCCCCUCUCUUUCCUUGGCCCUGGAAAUGGAAGGAGCGGGCGCGCAGGAAGAGCUUUUCGUGAGCUGCCCCGUUUGCCUGCGGGAGCUCCCCGCCAGCUGCAUCAACUCACAUCUGGACAGAUGUUUGCAGCAGCAAAGCGAAGCGGGAGGCAGCGAAGUCCCAGAGGAUGCGGAGCGAAGCGGCAUCGACGGCAGCAGCAGCAGCAGCCCAAAGGACGCGGGGAUGGGCGCGUCUUGCCGGAAGAAAAUUCGCCUCUCCAACUCCCCGGAGAGGAGCAGCGGGGAAGAGCGCGCGGGGAUGGGUAGACCCGAUUCAGCCCCGCUGUUCUCCCUUUUCCACAAGGCCAGGAGCUCCGGGACACCUCGGGGCGCCUCUGCUGCUGCUGCCGCCCCGUCUCCAUCUCCAUCCCGGGCGCAAACGGGAGAGAAACAGCCGGACGGGGAGGAUCAUCGGGGCUCCGGUGCGCGUGGCUCCGAGCUGGGCUUGGAAAGCCUGGCCCGAAAGCUGGAAGGGAAGCCCCUGGCGGACAAGCUGCGGCCCAGCGUCCUGGAAGACUACGUGGGGCAGGAUCAGGCGCUGGGCGAACGGACGCUCCUGCGCUCCCUGCUGGAAGUGCACGAAAUCCCCUCGUUCAUCCUCUGGGGGCCGCCGGGUUGUGGCAAGGUGAGUAGUUGCAAGGGACCCCCAGGGGUCGUCUAGUCAUCUAGUCCAGCUCCCUGCAGUGCAGGAAUCCAGCCCUUCCUGGGUGGGGAUCGAACCACCAGCCAUUGAUUGAUUGAUUGAAUGAUUGAUUGAUUGAAUUUAUAUACCUCCCUAUACCCGGGGGUCUCAGGGCAAUUCACAGAAUAAAAUCAAAAUAAAAAACCACAAAAUACAUAGUAAAAAUAAAAACAACAAACCAGUAGCCCCCCCCCCCCUCCAACAACAAAAACCCCCCACACAUUUUAAAAGGGCAUAGGAUGUAAAUCAGAUCAACCAACAGCCUGGUUAAAAAAGAACAUUUUUGCCUGGCGCCUAAAGGUGUAUAAUGAAGGCACCAGGCGACCUUCCCUGGGAAAAGCAUUCCACAGAUGGGAGCCACGCUCCAGACCUCUCGAAGAGGAGGCACAUGAAGGAAGGCCUCAGAAGAUGGUCUCAGGGUCCGGGUAGAUUCAUAUAGAAAGAGGCGGCCCUUCAGGUAUUGCGGUCCUGAGCCAUCCAAGGCUUUAUAGGUUUUACAGCCAGAUGUUUUGUGCAGCGGGGGGACUCCUUCUUACUUUCUAUCCCCCUCCCCUCUGACAGACUCCACAGGACACAGUCCAGUGUUCAAAAUUAGCCAGGCGCCAGGUGCGUUUUUGCGACUGGCGUGGGUCCAAUUGUGGCCCCAGGGAGAUCUCUGGUUGCCAGGUUGGCGACUGACAUCUCCAUCUGGCUUGCCCCUCCAGUUUCCUUAAGUAGUAGAGCUUAUUUUUUGCAUUUAUAACCCAGCUUUUCCUCCAAGGAGUACGUGGUUCACACACACACUCCCAACCUGCAUAUUAAUACAGUGGUACCUCAGGUUAAGUACUUAAUUUGUUCCGAAGAUCCGUACUUAACCUGAAACUGUUCUUAACCUGAAGCACCACUUUAGCUAAUGGGGCCUCCUGCUGCUGCUGCUGCUGCUGCUGCGUCACCGGAGCCCGAUUUCUGUUCUCAUCCUGAAGCAAAGUUCUUAACCCGAGGUAAUAUUUCUGGGUUAGCGGAGUCUGUAACCUGAAGCGUAUGUAACCUGAAGCAUAUGUAAACCAAGGAACCACUGUAAUAGAUCUCAUCGCAAAAAAAAGGACCCAUGGCAUACUGAGGGAGCGAUAACAUUGAGAGUAGCUCAUCUCUGUUUCACAUUUUUGUGGUCUUUUCAAGGGCAGAAUUGAGGACUAUCCCUUUUUUUCCAAAAAAAAAGAUGAAAUCUAGGAUUCAGCACUGCUGUGACUGGGCCUCACUGCCUUCCGUCCCUGAAACAAAAGGAAACACAUACCAUUCCCCCUUCUUGUGUAACUGGUGAACCUAAAACCAAAGAGAUACAGCGUGUACUCAUGAGUUUAAAAGUAGUAUCUCUUCACUGAGAAAGUCUGCCAUCUCUUUGGCAUAUUUGCCAAGUCCUGAAGUUACAUCCAGUUUUCCCAGCCCUGCCCCAGUCAUUUGGGUAACUCUGAGAAGCAACCUGGAAAUACUGAAAUAAAAUAAAUGUUUGAAUUAUUCUUUCUCGGUCUUCUUUGAACUGAAACGUUUCCCCUCCCCCCCUUUUUUUUUAAAAAAAGGUUAAUAACUGAAGUUCGUAGGGCAGCAAUUAGACUUCUGAGCAAAUGGGCAAAGGUAGACAGACAUGUGUAUGCACACUGCAGACAAAGAAAAACAGAAUGGGAUACCAAAAACUAAAAAAAUCCAACGUUUUUCUGAUAGGUUGCACUCUGAGUUGCUUGAUACCUGCCUCUGCCCCGGGUUCCCGCAAUAUUCUUCUCCAGCUCUUCAGCUUUGCUUUCUGUUUAAAAGCCCAUCAAAACUUGAUCAAGACAGGCCCUUUUCCACAGAAAUCUUGUGAGAUCUUGGGUUAAAUGAUGAGUGUGGUUUAAUAUGUCAUAAUGCUGCUGUGUUUUAGGCAUGUUGUUACCUCUUCCUCUGCCCCCGCCUCUGCUCUGUGGGGGUGCAAUGGGCGGCAGCUUAAAUAAAUGUAGGUUAGAAAUUUGGGUUACUUUUCUCCAUCCUAUACUCACUUGUACCCGUUCCUUUGAUUCCCUCCCCUGACUCUACCUGAAUUCAUCCGUUAUUUCAAUGGUACCAAGCACAGGAAAAGCUUUCAUAAUUUGCUCUCAACGAUAACAGACAGGGUUGCCAUAUAUACCGGAAAAUUCCGGUAAUGUCAGGGGGGUGGGGCUAAAUUGGCGCCCUGGGGGGAAAUUCAAUUGAAUAGUAAAUGUCUGGGAUUUUGUCUGUUCUCCAGCGGAAGCAAAAGCGCUGUUGAGUGGCUGCUUCCUUGUUGCCUCCUAGACGGUGAUUUUGGAAGCCCUCUCGCCACCCCAAUGUCCGCUGUUGUCAAUCGCAAAUUUGGACGAUUGUCCAAAAAAACAAGGAAAGCUCAGCAACUUUUUGGAGCAACUGUGUCUGGAUUUGUACUUCUUGAAAUAUGGCAACCCUAUAACAACAGAUCAGGAAUAAAGCAUUUAAGUGAGGAAAAGUUAUAUACAGUGGUACCUCGGUUUACGAACUUAAUCCGUUCCGGAAGUCCGUUCUUAAACCAAAGCGUUCUCACACCAAGGCGUGCUUUCCCAUAGCAGCGGGGAACUCAAUUUACAAAUGGAACACACUCAACAAGAAGCGGAACAUGUUCUGCUUCCAAGGCAAAGUUCACAAACCGAAACACCUACUUCCAGGUUUGCAGCGUUCUUAAUCCAAGUUGUUCAUAAACUAAGCUGUUCUUAAACCAAGGUACCACUGUACACCUUGAUGCUACAGCACAUGGGACAUGUGUCUUCCAAGAUUCUCCAAGUUGCUCCAGGAAGAGACUAAAAAGCUCAGUCUAAGUGUCAGCUGUGCAGGUCAAAAGGGAACAAUACGCUUGAAGUGACCAUCAAAUCUGUGGCUAUUGGAAGUGGUAAUAAAUUACCCCCGAACCUUUAAUACUAGCAUCCUGCGUAUAAGGUAAAGGUAAAGGGACCCCUGACCAUUAGGUCCAGUUGUGACCGACUCUGGGGUUGUGGCACUCAUCUCGCUUUAUUGGCCGAGGGAGCCGGCGUACAGCUUCCAGGUCAUGUGGCCAGCAUGACUAAGCCGCUUCUGGCGAACCAGAGCAGUGCACGGAAAUGCCAUUUACCUUCCUGCCGGAGUGGUACCUAUUUAUCUACUUGCACUUUGAUGUGCUUUCGAACUGCCAGGUGGGCAGAAGCAGGGAAGGAGCAACGGGAGCUCACCCCGUCGCGGGGAUUCGAACCGCCAGCCUUCUGAUUGGCAAGUCCUAGGCUCUGUGGUUUAACCCACAGCGCCACCCGCGUCCCUAGGUAUCCUGCGUAUGCCCACAGUCAAAUAGCAUGAACCAGGAGCAUCAGUUUGUUCUAUCAAGCCACAAAUUAACUUUUAAAAAGUUUUCCCUGUUUCGUCUUGGCUGGUCCAGCUGCUUAAACACAAGCUUGCAACCUGAGUAAGCUGUGCUAUGAUUUAUGACCCUCUAAUGUGCAAGAUUCAGAUUUUUGCAUGUCUGCCAUGAAGCACCCAAUUUUAGUCUAGAGAUGCAGCAGGGAAACAUCCACGGCUGUAACCCAAGCACAGAAUAGCUUUGCUGUUGCAAAUGAACCUCAGAACUGGCCAAACCGAAGGUUUGGUAUAACCUUGUUUUUGUACUUUUUUUGUUUAUGUUUUAACACCCGUGCAAAAGGGUUACGUAAGGGGAUGUCUGACAUGUUAUUACUUAAUAAAUUGACUCUGAAGGCUGCAAGCCAGCUGUUCUCGGUCUUCCAUGUGCAAUCUUAUACUACGUUAAUGGAGUUAAUAGACGAUGGGAAUGUGUUAACUUCAAAGCAACAUGCUGUCUUGGCAAUCUGUAUUAAGUUUCACAGGGCUUAUUUUUGUCUUUUAGCUUUUAGUUCAAACUUCAUCAUGACAGGGCAAAAGUAUUUGUAGUUUAGGCCAGGGGUACAAAUGGGGUAUGUUAGUUUGGAACAUAUUGAAGUGUUCACUUCUCUGACAGCUUGAUUGAUUUCCGAGUCAUUUCUUCUCCUUGCUGUUUAUCAGUCUCUUUUUCUUCCUUCCCAGGUUGUGGCUUUCUGCCAUAGACACACGAGUCUUAUUGGCAUUCCUUGUAUUAAACUGAAUUGGUUUCCACUACAAUUGCUGGUGCCAGGCAUAUAGGGCUGUCAGCAUAAACAAAGUGAUACUCCUCUCUCCUUCCACUAUGACCAUCUUUGCCUUUUGCAAUACAGUGGUACCUCGGUUUAAGAACAGCCCUGUUCAUAGCUGUCAACUUUUCCCAUUUCUUGCGAGGAAUCCUAUUCGGAAUAAGGGAAUUUCCCUUUAAAAAAGGGAAACGUUGACAGCUAUGGCCCUGUUUACCAACUAUUCGGUAUAAGAACUCCGCAAAACUGGAAGUAGUGUUCUGGUUAGCGAACUUUACCUCGGUCUACGAACGGAAGCCGAACGGUGGAAGGGCACCGGCGGCGGAAGGCCUCAUUAGGGAAAGCACGCCUCAGUUUAAGAACGGCUUUGGUUUAAGAACGGACCUCCAGGACGAAUUAAGUUCAUAAACCGAGGUACCACUGUAUAACAGUGGAAAGUCAGCCUGUUUAAGUCUUCUUCUUAUCUGUGCGACCAUAAAGGAGAUACUUUGCUUCUUCAGAGACACAGCUUGCCAGUGUAUAUUAACUGACUACAGUCACUGACGAUUUUCACAGGUUGUGGGAAAAUUCACAGUAGGGAUGAAUUCUAGAAUACCAAAACAGUAUAAUUGGUUAUGAUCCACCUUGUCUUGAUAGCAUGGGUGGAGAAAAGGUGUUUAUUUCUUAGCAACUCUUACAAAGGUUACGUAAGAUAGCCACAUUACAAUUCAGAAAGGAAAGUCUGAAAACAACGCCAAUCAAAUGAUUCCCUAUGUACAAUUUCCAGGAAUACUAUUGUUUAAAAAUUAGGACUGAAUAACACCCUAAAGGCAUGCCUGCAUUAAAAUGCAUGGACAUGUGAUUUCCUGUCACACUUCGGUGGCAGGUCAGAGUUCAAACCCACUCCAAACAUAAAGAAGUAUUUUGGGGACAUUCUUAUACUUUUUUUGUGAUGUAUCUUUAUUGUUAUAAAAUAGAUACAUUUAUGCCAGGAAAGCAAACAAACCAUCAAACAGACAUACAAUCAAAUAAACAAACUGUAAAUUGACAAACAGACAAUAGCAAUAUAUGAAACAACACAAUUCUUAUAACUAACAUCAUUUGUACUCCCAGUGAUGUGAAUGAUUGUAAAACUUAUAAAACAAGAUAUUAAAAAUGGCUUCCAAUUAGUCUCACUGUACUUUAUCUGUUGAUUAUCUUAUACCACACAGUUACAUAUUUCGUAUAUAGUUUCUGUUAACUUCCCUACAAACUUAUAUUUAUACAAUGCAAGAUUCAGUCUAAUUUUGCCAAGAAGUUUCCUUUUAUACCGGGGACAAUCUUAUUUUUAUUCUUAGUUUAGUUAUGCUCACUUUUUCCCUGACAAGGACUCAAGGUGGCUUACAGAUAAAAACAAGAACAGCUAAAAACAUAGGGGGGAGGAACCAAUUAAACAUUGAUAGAGUUAAGUCUAUCUGUAAUCUAUUGAAAACAUACAGUUAAUUGCAACAAAAACAGCAUGGCACCAGCCCUAACCCUUUCAGUAAAAUCAGUCAGUUCCCAAAAGCCUGUUGGAGCAAAUAGAUAUUUACCUGCCAGGGAGCCAGUCUAAUUUCUCUAGGAAGGGAGUUCGAAAGUCUUGGAAUAGCCAAUGAGAAGAGACAAUAAGCUUUCAGCGUCCAAAAGAAACCAAUGGCUUCUGUGAACCUAUGGCCACUGGAGGGGUGGUUGUUUCAACAAGUGAGAAGCAUUUUGUCACUGAGGAACAAAUGCCUCCUCUCUUUGGAGAAUGGGGGUUCAAGUUUUGUAUUAAUCCUCAGUUGUAUGUUUAGGUGACAACUGCUGAGAGUGGUACAUGACCCUUGAACAGGACAAUGCAAAUGAAAAGCAUAAAAGCCACCCAUCAGGAGUAGCAAUUGCAAACCUCUAUGCCAACCCUUUCUUGGGAGAGAAGCAAUGACAAACCUAGACAGCAUCUUAAAAAGCAGAGACAUCACCUUGCCAACAAAGGUCCGUAUAGCUAAAGCUAUGGUUUUCCCAGUAGUGAUGUAUGGAAGUGAGAGCUGGACCAUAAAGAAGGCUGAUCGCCGAAGAAUUGAUGCUUUUGAAUUAUGGUGCUGGAGGAGACUCUUGAGAGUCCCAUGGACUGCAAGAAGACCAAACCUCUCCAUUCUGAAGGAAAUCAGCCCUGAGUGCUCACUGGAAGGACAGAUCCUGAAACUUAGGCUCCAAUACUUUGGCCCCCUCAUGAGAAGAAAAGACUCCCUGGAAAAGGCCCUGAUGUUGGGAAAGAUGGAGGGCACAAAGAGAAGGGGACAACAGAGGACGAGAUGGGUGGACAGUGUUCUCGAAGCUACCAGCAUGAGUUUGACUAAACUGUGGGAGGCUGUGGAAGACAGGAGUGCCUGGCGCGCUCUGGUCCAUGGGGUCACGAAGAACUGGAGACGACUAAACGACUAAACAACAACAACAACAUGCCAACCCUCCUUUCCCUUACAGAGAGACAUGAUCUGUAGUUGCCAGUCCCAGAAGAUAAAGAUAGAUGUGGCCAAACAUCAUUUUUGUCAAAAGGGCUUGGCAGCAAGGCCAUUUGGGGAAAUAGGGGCUUGGCUGUCUCUGGUCUAAGUGCCUGUUCAUCCAUACCAGUUGCUUAAGGGGUUUCACAUGUGGCUGAGAUUCGUUGUCGCAACAAGACUUUUUUUGGGUGGAAGUGGAUUUAGACUUGAGCGGCUCGGUCCCUGCAUUAACAAGACUAGGACGGAUGUUGUGUGAAAUUGUCAGUAAAUUAUGAAACUCCGCCCUGCACCUGUUAUCUCUACCUUGUUUAUUGAGGCAAGAAGACUUGAGGGUAAUCGAAUCUGACUGACCUGACAGGGGUUGGUUACCGUUUAAUGGAUUACUCUAGCAAAGCUAUCUCGGCUGUUUGUUAUGAAGCGGGAAUUUCCCUGGUAAAAUCUCUGCCAAAUCAGGGAUUUCUUUUUGUACCCUUCAGGGCUAAUUUCCACAGUUUCCAAAUUUCGAAAUGGUGAGCCCAUCACUGCAUGCAGUGUUUAAUAGGUGAUGAGGCCAAACACAAAGAUGCCCUGAAUUUCUGUAGGUAGUUCCCCUUUGCUGUGUAUAUGUUAAAUCUCAUUUUGCAUACUUGACCUGUAUACACCAUUUUCAGUUGAGAGUAUGAGUUCUACGUCAACCCCCCCCCAACUACAUCUGCUCCCCCUCAAAAAAAAAAAACAACCCACAAUUUACUGUGAUAACAUUGUGGGUCAGUGUGGUAUAGUGUGGUUUAGCGUGUUAGAUUAGGACAAGGGAGACCCAGAUUCAAAUCCCGUUCAGACACAAAGCUCGCUGUGUGACCUUGGCUAAAUCACAAUCUCUCAGCCUAGCCUCUUCUCACGGGAUUAUUGUGAGGAUAAAAUGGAGGGUCAGGGGAAAGAAUUACGUUUAGCAAGCCUUGAGGUCCUUGGGGAAAUGGUGGGAUAGGAACGUAGUAAAUAUGCUCCUUAAGAAGUUAGGAAAUGGAAGUAUAUAUUGUCACAACAGCUCCUAAUUUUCUUCGUUGCCACUGGCCUUGAUGAGGACCUCCUCCUUACAGAUUUAUUAUUUAUUAAAUUUGUAUACUGCCCUAUAUCCACAUGUCUCAGGGCAGUCCACAUGAUAAAAUCACAACAUAUAAACAAAUACACAAUAAAAAUAAAAAAUAAGGACAUCCCAAUAACCCCCUCUCCCCAACACAUUUUAAAAGGGCAUUGGAUGUCAGUCAACCAAAGGCCUGGUUAAAGAGAAACGUUUUUCCUGGCACCUAAAGGCUUAUAAUGAAGGUGCCAGCCGAACCUCCUUGGGGAGAGCAUUCCACAAACGGAGCUGGGAAGAAAAUGAAAGUUUCACGUGUAAUGCCCGGCUCUCUUAGUUUGACAUGGUGGUCCGUGGGUUUGUGGUCCCCACCCUACAGAACUGCCUUUCACAGCUGGUCUCCUGGGAAUGUUGGCAAUGGGGCUGUGAAAUAAAUGCAGCGUGGUUUCCUUGGCUGUUCAGAACCCUGCCUUCUUCCCAGCUGGCAGCAGACCUCUGUAAUAAAUGUAGUUCCCCCAUCCUAAGCCCGGAGGGUCUUUGCCAGGGAGAGCUAACAGCAUGAAGCAGCUGUUGGCCACACCACCAUUGCAAUUGUAUAGGGAGGGGGAUAUGGAUUCCAUGAAUACCCAAUGGAGGGUCAUUGAUUGCCUUCUGGGUGGGCGGUCAAGUUACCAGCAAUAAAUGUUGAGGACCAGGUGAUUUAAAUAGAGAAGGGCAAUUGUGACGCUGAUCUUGGUAAGUCUUUGGGACCAGCUAUCUAGUGCACAGUGCAAUCAUGUGUUUUAGGACUAAUUAAUAUUGGAUAUAUAUAUUAUAUGAAAAUAAAGGGUUAAAUUUCUGCUCUGGGCCUUCCAGAGAACCCUCUAAUUCCAGAGAGUACGAGGGAGGUGUGGGAGACUUACUACUGUGUUUUGUAUUUUCAAAUGAAACAUAAUCAUUAUGUUUUGUUUCAGGAGAUUGUGUUAGCAAGCGUCAUGGCAUCAGGGUGCAAUCAGAUUUAGGUCAAUUCAUGUGCAGAUUUUAAAAUCACACAUUGAUUACUCAGAAGUAAGCUUUUGUUUGCUUUCUCCUUGCACAGUCUCAAACCUUUACAGGAAAUGUAGUUAAGAAUUUUUAAUGAAAACUAAGCAAUGUAUAACGUAGUGGCAAACAUUACAGAAGUUCAGAUUUAAUGCAUAACUCCUCUCUGACUUGGAUUAUUUUGACUUUUAUCUCUUAAAAGGAAAGAGUAGGAGAGAAUGGAUCCCACAGAAAAAUUAGUACAUAGCUGUGUGUAAGUUUGACCAAAAGGGAAAAAGAAGAAACAGCCUUAUUUUCUAGGAGGGACAGUGUUAGAAGUGAGAAUGUUAGCUGUUGUAUAUCAUACUGUAAAAAAAAAAAAUCCUUUCCAUUUACAUUCUAUUUAUGUAUCCUGGUUUUUUUUAAUAGAAACCAGUAUUCUUAUGUCUUAACACCUGUUGCUUGUAAUUAGGGCUGCAACUGUAUACACAGAUAUCUUAAGAGUAUGUUCUACGGAACGCAGUGCAAUAUGCAUAUGAGCAAAUAUGCACUAAGAUCAGUCUGCAAUCUACAGCUUGGGGAUAGAUUAAUGCAGAAUAUUCUGCCCUGCAAUAAAUGAAAAAGGAACUGAACUUUUUCACAUAGCCUUCAAAACAUAAUGCUUUCCUGAAUCAGGAAUCAUUUCCAUUCUGAAAAUGGAAGAGGAUAGCCUAGAAAAGUCUAAAAGUGGUUGGACCACCAUCAGCCCCAGCUAUUAUGGCCAGGAUUCAGCAGGGAAUUGUAGUGUAACCUAAAGGUUAAAAAGGUGACUAUGGGGUUGCAACGCUCAUCUUGCUUUCAGGCCAAGGGAGCCAGCAUUUGUCCACAGACAGUUUUUCAAGUCAUGUGGCCAGCAUGACUAAACCACUUCUGGCGCAACGGAACACCGUGACGGAAACCAGAGCUCACGGAUACACCAUUUACCUCCCUGCCACAGUGGUACCUAUUUAUCUACUUGCAUUAGUGUGCUUUCGAACUGCUAGGUUGGCAGGAGCUGGGACAGAGCAACGGGAGCUUACUCCGUCGCCGGAUUCAAACCGCCGACCUUCUGAUCAGCAAGCCCAAGAGGCUCAGUGGUUUAGACCACAGCGCCACCCGCGUCCCAGUGUUAACCUAUCAACACCCAGAGGACUACAGGCUCCCCGUACAUACUUGGCCUGAGCUUGUACUGGCUUAUAUCCAAUGACAGUCUUUCUACCUUCGGCUGCCUAAAAGGUUAAGGAGACCGAGAAACAGGAGAGAGGGUGAGAGAGAGUUUGGGGGUGGAUGUGCUGCCAUUGAUGGAACAAACAGAAGUGCCCUGCUCUCACUGUUAGUCCCCAGGACAUAAAGCUCUGGCUCUGAAGCGCUCUCCAGUAGAGGAUCAGAUUCGGAGCACCUGCUGAAGUAGUUCUGAUCUUUGGGAUAUCUUUUCGGGCAGCAUUUAGGCUUGUCACCGCCUGCCCUCACCAGCUGCAGAGGAUCUUUUGGCCCAGAGCAGCUAUUGGAGAAGAAAGUGGGGGCAGAGGGGGCUGCUGCCCAGUUGUUGCUGUUUUUUAAAGUAUGUGCAGCAAUCUGAAUAGAAUUAACAUCCAGCCAAGAAAAGUUCAGUUCUGAAAAGCCUUAUUCAUACAUAUAUCUUUUGGAACUCCUGAAUGAGCUGAUUGCUUAGAUGAGUCUAUUGAAAACCUUUUCUUAAUUGUCUAACAUGGCUUCCCUGAUAAAGCAGACAACCCGUUUCUCUGAGAAAAAGUUGGUUAUUUGUAACAUAAGUGCGAAUGUACCGUAUUAGCCUGAAUAUAAGCUGCACCCGCAAAUAAGCCGCACCUUUAAAGUUCAAGGCGGGGAUAGGAAAAAAAGACAGUACAUGAAUAUAAGCUGCUCCCUUAAAAUUCCACAGGCACUCACACCCGUAAAUGGCAAAUGUAGAAGAGAGGUACUAGUGGGUUCAACACCUGUUCGUAGCACCGUAAAUGCAAAUUAAAAAAUCAAUACUGCACUGUAAAAUACAGGGAAAACGAUGAAUGGCAUUAGAAUAAAUCACACAACAGUCUUAAGCUUGCAAAUCGACAAUAAAACUUGUUUUUCGUUUCGUUUUACCAUAUGUCUGUUUCGGCAGCAAUACCAUAAAAGCCAAUUUUUGUAAGGUCACGAAUUGCACUUUAACUUUUCACGGUUGGAAUUGGGGGGGGGGGGAUUGUGGCUUAUAUUGGGGACAGUACAGUACGUUGAAAGCCCUCCCAGGGUGGGAUUUGAAGGUCCACGAGGCCAUCACCUUGCUGAAGCUAAGCAGCUGUGGCUUUAGUCAGUAUCUUGGAGUUGUCAGGCGCUGUCUUAGAAGCAAGUCCCCUUCACUCUUAUGCAGGAGGAGAAUGCCUCUUGUAAGAUGAUGCUUGCUAAAUUCAGGGAUGGGGAUGUAGCCCCCCAGAAGUUGUUGGGACUCCAGUUCCCAUGAGUCCCAGUUAGCAUGGCCAAUGCUUGGGGAUGGUAGGAGUUGCAGGCCACAUUCAUCCCAUGCUUCAAAGCAAUCUCAUGCCCACUCACAGAGUUACCUAUUCUCAGAGUGGUUAAUGGUCAAUCUCUAUUCACAGGGAGCCCUGGGAAUUGUAGCAGGUCCCAUAAUUCUUGGGAGUCAUGAGUGUUUGAAGUGGUAGCAUUGUUCUUUAAAUGUGUGGCAUGAAUUUAACUAUAGUUCAGCAACAGGUAAAAGAGCCACCGGAAGAAGAGUUUAGAUUUGAUAUCCCUCUUUAUCACUACCCGAAGGAGUCUCAAAGCGGCUAACAUUCUCCUUUCCCUUCCUCCCCCACAACAAACACUCUGAGGUGAGUGGGACUGAGAGACUUCCGAGAAGUGUGACUAGCCCAAGGUCACUCAGCAGCUGCAUGUGGAGGAGCAGAGAAGCGAACCUGGGUCACCAGAUUACGAGUCUACUGCUCUUAAUCACUACACCACAUGCAACUUCUAAAACUGAAGGAAGCAUGCUCCCCCCUAUCAAAACAAUUGGUUUAAUCAGACACAGAUAUAUUAAUCCUUUAGUUAAUGAAUUAAAACUCAUUUGAUUGUCUGUUUCCUUUGGGUGAUUUGCAUCGUGCUGAACUCUUACAUCUCGGCUGCACCAAUUAAUUGCUGUUAUUUCUUGAUUAGUGCACCAACUGAAUUAAUGGAAGUUUGCAGCCAUUUUUUUGUGCUUUGUUUUGGUUAUUUAUUAGAUUUAUAUACCACCUUUCAUCAUAAGAUCUCAGGACGGUUCGCAGAAUAAAAUACAGGAUAAAAACAAGUAAAUAAGUAAAGCAAAGCAGCAAAACAAUAACCGCCCCCCCAAAGGCCUGGUUUUAACAUAUUGGUGGCUAAGGGUGGAAUCCAGUGCUGCUCCUACUCCAGAGCAGACCCACUGAAAUUAAUGAACGUGACUAACUUAGGCCAUUAAGUUCAGUGGGUCUACUCUGAGCAACGCUUGGUUGCUACAACCCUCAGUCUGAGAGAGAAUAACUUCACAGCUAAAGCUACUCGGUUUGUCCGUGACUCAACUGGGAUAUGAGUCUAUAUUAACCAGACGAGCCCGUAUUGAUCAGGUCAGGUUAUAUAGUCUUUCUAUCCUUCGACUUUCUGUGGAUACUGAAUCCUGACAGUGGUAUCUGAUUGCGGCAGGAUGGGGAGGAGGAACUAAGCUGAGCUGAAACUCUGAAAUCGAGAAAGCCUGCUGCCUCCUACUCGCAUUCCAAAAGACUCUCUUGCUGCUUCCCUGAAAACAUCUAAAGCGUUUGCUAUCCAGACGGUUGGUUCGCCACACCUGUCCCUCUGCAAAUCCUUCCUGCUCUGUUCAGGAAUGUCCCCUCAUAGUCUUACUCGGGCUUAUCUUGCUGUGGUUCCUUGAAUAGACGAGGAAAUGUUUGGCCGAUGGACAGAGAACGUGAGUUUGCGGGUGCUUCCACUCUAGGUUCUUUUUCUCCACGGUGGCCAUCUUCUUCUCACUUCCAGGAUAUCCAGAUAAUAUUUGUCCUGAAUAGUUGCAUCCCUAGGUUUCCCCAGUUUGUUUUCCUCAUUUCCCACCCUGGUUUGGUUUACUGAGAUCAUCUUAUAUCAGGCAUCCCCAACCUUCGGCCCUCCCAGUGUUUUGGACUACAAUUCCCAUCUUCCCUGACCACUGGUCCUGUUAGCUAGGGAUCAUGGGAGUUGUAGGCCAAAACAUCUGGAGGGCCGCAGGUCGGGGAUGCCUGUCUUAUAUUAGGUGAGGCCAGGUACACAUGAUACCUUUAAAGCAUAUUUUCCGCCAUCAAAGAUUCUGGACACCCACAGCGUUACAGUUCCCAGCAGCUCUUAACAAACCAUAGUGCCCAAAAUGCCUUGAGGGGGGAAAACAUGCAUUGAAUGCUCUUUAAAGGUAUAGAGUAUAUACAGCCUUCCUCAGUGUAGGGCAGUUUUCUUUAUUCCAGUCGCGUAUUCUUUCUUCUCUUGUUAUGAGUUGGGUUUCCCUCCUUCUUUAUUUCCCUUUUUCCUCUCCUGGGGUGUUUAUAAAAGAUAGCUUAGGUAAACUGAGCUAUUUCUGCUCUGCUGGGGUUUUCCAACGUGAAUUUUGCGACAAAUGUACCGAAACAUCCAAAUUUGUACCUAAAAAUAUUUUCAUAGAAACGCGGUGCCGAAGGCAUGCUUGACUGUGACCCACACACAUCAAAAUCCAUGUAUGCUGCCCCACCGGGGGUCACUAAAGCUGCCCCCGCCUUGUGUGUGUCUUGCCUUAGACCACAGAAAUGGUGGCAAUUGUCAAGGCAGGUCACAAAACUGCGCUGGUAGCUGUGUUUGCUUUGGCAGGUCACAAAUUGAGAAGGCCUGCUGUAAGGAGUACCAAAGAGGGUCCAUAAAUAAUUGCCGAGUCCUGCCAGGGGGGCAAAGACAGAAAGGCGAUUGAUUUAAGAUAAAUCAAUCUGACAGCCAAAAAGGACGCUCAGUUGUGUGGGCAAAAGCUUUAGUCAGCAAUGAACUAGUCUGAUGCAACACACAAAACCUUUGGAUUAAUUUAUUGAAAUAAUCUGAACUAAGUAUAUAACAUUAAUGCUUUUAGUAGGCAUAUGAUGCAUCUGGUGUUCAAAUGACUUUGCACACGCUAUUUCAACGGUCUUUAGAACAGAGUGGUAAAGUUGGGCUAUCUUUGCCGCUUUCUUGACCAAAUGAAUAAUAAUAAUAAUCUUUAUUGCGGUCCAACGACCCAUAACAUGGAUUCUGAAUAAAAUACAGAUUCAUACAGACAAUCCCCACAGGGAAGGGAGACCUGAUAUGUUUAGUCAUGGGUAUGUUGAUCUUUGAUUCGUAUGACUACUGAAAGAAACAUUGCCACAGCCACUGUGAUAUCAUUGGACUUGUCGUCCAGAAGAUAUUUGAUAUAAUAGGCUUCAGAUUGACCCGGCUGAUUUGCCAAUAGUGGUUUAAUCAAUAGUUCCCUAGCUUGACCAUAUUGUCUGCAAUGCAAUAAAAUAUGGCUCAUGCAGUCAACGUCCUGAGAGCAUACACAGAUCCUAUUUUGAUAAGGAAUACCUCUCAGUCUGCCAUUUAAUGCUUCUGAUUGGAAUACAUUUAAUCUGGCUUUGGUGAAAAGAUGCCGAUAUGUUGUUGACCAAAUCAAAUACAAUCUAUUUCCCCCAUUAUUGUUGGUUUUUAAUGCAUGGGGAGGAGGAUCUUUUUCCUAUCAAAGGCAGUUCCUAAGGUGGUGAUCUGUUGGGAAGGGUUACAUACCAAAAGGCCAGAGACAAAAGUGUUCAGCAUCACCUGUCUUUCUGCCCCUGUAAUCACAUGCAGUUGGCUGCCAGGCAGAGACAGAUGACUCCUGCCAAACCUCAAGCAUCAGCCACUGAAUAGUGCUGCAUUGUGAUCUCUCUCAGGCAAAGCCUCCACAUGUGGAAUUUGAGUUUCCCACCUCCUUCCUGCUGCAGUACUCCCUAAAAAAGCUAUUCCUGAAAGUCUGGGAUCCUUCAAUGCUGCAUUUAAUGCCAUGUAGAGGGCUGCAGGAGGCAAGAAUUCUGCAGAAAUCUGGGAGGCAAUCAAACUGCAGAAAUCCAAGAUGGCUGCCUUGUGUGAAUGGCGUGCAGCUUUCUGCUCACACAAAUCUGCCUGCCGAUAUCUGUAAUAAUAAUGGAAGUAACAAAUGGGAGCACUCCCAAGCUUGGUGUAUCAAGCUGUUUCUUGUGCCAUGGAAGCCUGGGAUCCAAAGAACUAGAGGCCAAUGAGUAUUUGGGCUUGUGUUUUGGAAACAGCACCUUGUCAAGCCACAUGGCAAUCUGUUUUUGAAAAUGGAGAGGCUUUCUGAAGCCAGCUGGUGAUAAAUGGCCUGAGAGUCUGCUGUCCAAAGAGAAACCUUCUCUCCCACUGGCUAAAAUAGCUCUUUGGAUUCCCCACCAGAGGAUGGUAAUUUUCACGCUCUCUUCCUGUCAGAAUAAUAUGUCCUUUUCAACUAAUGCCAAAUAUAUUUUCCAGUCAGAAAAAGAGAAUGAGACGUUUUCUAUCCCAAAACACUCCUUCGCUUCUUCACAGCCCAACACUGUUUCCCCCUUCACAAUGCCUUUUAGCCAUGUCUUUUGUGUUCUCGGAGGAAAAUCAACACCCUUGCGCUUUUCUUCCUUUCAGACCACCUUGGCUCACAUCAUCGCGAACAGCAGCAAGAAGAACGGCACACGGUUCGUGACCCUGUCGGCCACAAGUGCCAAAACCAACGAUGUCCGAGAGGUCAUUGCUCAAGCGCAAAAUGAAAAGAGGCUCUGCAAGAGGAAAACAAUCCUCUUUAUCGACGAGAUACACCGUUUCAAUAAGUCUCAGCAGGUACCGAUUGCUACCUUCUCAGUAGGAAGUAGUCGGAAGGCCUCCCUUUGGAAAUGAAUGGCUUCUACACAAUGUGGUUGAGCAAUACUUAAAUUGAUCUCAACUGAGAGUCUGUGUGGCAUAGUGGUUAAAGUGUCAGACUAGAACUCUGAGAGGCGAGGGUUCAAAUCUCCUGUCGGCUAUAAAGCUCUCUAGGUGUAUUUUAAUUUUAUUGUAUUUUUAAUCUUUUGUUGGAAGCCGACCAGAGUGGCUGGGGAUACCCAGCCAGAUGGGCCGGGUAGAAAUAGUAAAUUAUUAUUAUUAUUAUUAUUAUUAUUAUUAUUAUUAUUAUGAUGUGUUCUUGGGCCUGUCACUAUCUCUUAGCCUAACCCACCUCACAGGGUUGCAGUGAGGAUGAAAUAAAAUAUAAUGUCUCAUCCUUUUUCUGAGGUUCUCUGUGUGACCUACAUGGUUGGGUUAUCCCAUUUUUUAUUAUCUCUACCUUACAAGGUAGAUUAGAAAUGAAAGAGAACCAGUGCCCUAAGGUCACCCAGCAAGCAGGAAUCUGUCCCUGAGUUUGUUGGCGUGCAUUUGGCUUUCAAAACUAGAACCUAAACUUCUUUUAACCUAUAUUGAAACUACACGUCUGGCAUCUCUUUGCUGACUGAAUUGAGAGUUCAUUUGCAGCCUUAGGAAGACCACAGUCUAGUUUAAACCACAAGCUUUGGGAUUAGGAAGUUGGCAGGCAGUCCAGCAUUUCAAAAUACACUCCCACCCUGCAAACAAACAUGCAAAUGCAUCAUCCCUAAGUCUGGGGGUGGGGUGAGGGGGAAGAGGCAGGAAAGCAAAGGCAAUACUGACUGGAUUUUUUCUAUAAUUUCUUACACUUGCAUCUUAGAGUUUUCAGUUCUGCAGUCGAAAUGGAAUAUGAGAGCUCUGGGCACAAAGAGGUGUUGAAAGUUCUAAAAGAUGUUUUGAAUGAUGGAUUGCUGCGAUGGGGAGAUCUGCGUAAAAUGUUCCACGAAUUCCUAAAGUCGCAUUCAAAUUGUUUUCCACCAAAAUAUCAGAGUUACAUGAUUCUUUACGACCUCUCUGAAUAAUCCUUUUGGGGAGAAAGAGCCACAACGGACUCACUUUUGUCAGUUUAGCAUUGCAGUAAUGAUGAAUAUGUGAACACUUUGCCUCUGUAUCUCGAACAGUAAAGCAAAAAUUGCAGAAACUUUUUUUCUUUUUUACACAACACAGCCCCUCAACAUACACUGUAAAUGGAAUGACUAAAGCUGCUGUUACAGACCAAAUUAAGAAUUUGCUUAAUAUAUGGCAUGCAACUAUGCACUUUGUUUUUCCUUGAAAUGUGCCUGUGUGAUUGGUAUUGGGAAUGUGGUGCCUUUGGGGAGGCAAAUCUCUUUACUCCCCACCAGAAGUGGAACAGAGGUUGCCCCCCCACUGCUGCCACCACCACACAGCUAGGAGACUUUUCUUUAAGGGUCCUGGUCACUCCUGGGGAAGAGAGAUCCUGGUUCUGUUGAAGGUAGAGGAAAGGAGAGAUGCACUGCCAUCUCAGUGAAAACCACACACACCUUAAUUAUGUAUGGGGGGAAAACAAGAGCAUCUAGUUUGGUUUUUGGACGAGCUGCCAGCGAAACGUCCCAAACGGAACUGCUUCAGUCUCUGAGCAAACGGAAAAUCGCAAUUGCGAUUGUGAAUUAAUUGUACUCACAGGGAAUGCCUCAAGUUGUCAUUGAUGGGGACCAGUUUCUUCUGUUUCCCUCCCAUUUCCAGGAUACCUUCCUUCCUCACGUUGAGUGCGGGACCGUGACGCUGAUCGGGGCAACCACCGAAAACCCUUCUUUCCAGGUCAAUUCGGCUCUUCUGAGUCGCUGCCGCGUUAUUGUCCUCGAGAAGCUCUCGGUCGAGGCGAUGGAAGCUAUUCUGAUGCGAGCUCUCAAGUCCUUAGGGAUCCAGAUUCUAAGCCAAGGCGAGCAACCCGCUGGCUCUGUGAAUGGCAGCGACAGCAAGGACUCUGAGUAAGUAUGCUUUGCGGAGUGCAGCGUGUUAACCCACACCACCCGAGGAAUCCAUUGACAGCCUGCCAGAGCAGGAGUGAGAAAGAGGUUAUGGAGUGGUUAGGAGGGGGUGGGAAUACUUUUAAAACUCCUUUUCAUAGGGGAAAAGGAUGCAUGUAUGCUCACCGUAAACAGUAUAAAAAACCAAUGCAAAGCUCUUUCUUUCUUUCUUUCUUUCUUUCUUUCUUUCUUUUAAAAAACCCAUGCUUUCCGGAUUACAACAGAGAGCAUUACACUAGCUGUUGGAAUUUCUGAUUUGCCUGCAGGAUAUAUUAAAAGUGCGCUACAGCUGGGGAUUUGAUUUGGGUUCCUGUCUCAUUUGUACGCCGUCGUUCUUGUUGCUGGCUACAAAUGCAUCAUAUAACAGCCAAGUGUUAGCCAAAAUAUCCCUUCUCUCCUUAACUUGAAUCUCUCGAUCCAAAAUGUAAUUGAGUGCUUGUUCGACGGCAAAUCAAGCGGGGACAGAAGAAUUGCUCCUGCGUAACCAGUGCUUUAUGUCUUUUUAAAAACAACAACAACAACACAAAUUACCCGUUCAAAAAUGCCAGAUGAUCCAGGGAAAUAAGAGAAGUUCAGCUAAAAAUAUUCAAACCCUUCUGUUAUGCUUUCUUCUCUGUCUCUAAACUCAGUCUAAAAGUUCUGAAGUCUAGAUGUAAGAGGGAAAGGCUACUUCAGGUUGGGCAUAUGGUCAGUGAAGCAUAUGGCCAUAAUCUAAGGGGUCAUUAGUCAUGUUCCUCCUCGCACGCCAGACAGAAUUCAGUACAGUGGUACCUCGGGUUAAGAACUUAAUUCUUUCUGGAGGUCCGUUCUUAACCUAAAACUGUUCUUAACCUGAGGUACCACUGAGGUAGCUAAUGGGGCCCGCCACGCCACUGCCGCGUGAUAUCUGUUCUCAUCCUGAAGCAAAGUUCUUAACCCAAGGUACUAUUUCUGGGUUAGUGGAGUCUGUAACCUGAAGCGUCUGUAACCCGAGGUACCACUGUAUUAUGUGUCUGCCUUGCAUGGCAAUAAGGGGGGAGGAAGAGACCACAUGCUGGUAAAUCUCUCAUGACAGAUUUAGAUAUUGCCUCCAAUCCAUUGGGGAAAAAUGGAUGCUUAAGUCCCACGAAUCAAAUCAAUAGGACUUAAGUGAUUUGUAAGUGGCCUGUACCAUGGAUUUCAGCAGAACUUAAGUGUAACUAACUUUCUCUUGGAAGAAAACACUUGCGGUUCACUUAUAAGAAAGAAAGCUAGGGGGGCAUAAAGACCUCUCUUUUCUUCAGUUUUGAUGUGACUUUUUUUGCUCCAGUACAUGCAAGUUCGUAACAAGAUUGCAUAAGUUAGGGAAAUGAAGGAAUUCUGUUUCCUUAUUUAGGAUUCUGGGUUUGUACGGCUGCUUAUUCUUUUUGUUGAGCUGUGAGUGCGAAGUGUGGGUCAGAGCAACACUGCUUCUCAGGCUUCAUAUAAUGUCUCAGCUGUGCUUAUGGUGACUCAUUGGAUGGGUUUGGGAGGCGUUCAUUUCUGGGUGGAAUGUAGGUAGAAGGAACAAUCCCGCCUCCUUCUCCCAAGGCAUUAUAUUUCACUAGACCCUAGGCAUGCAUUGAGUAAAUAUUUGUUCAGUCAAUGGAGACCAGGUUUUAGGGAUCAGCUUGGUGCUGGUUUUUAUUUAUUUAUUAGAACCUGUUGGCUCACCAACUGGAGCCAGGUGUAAAAUACUUUUUUAAAAAAACAAAAACUCCUUUCUCAUAAGGAGUGAGUUAAAGUUGAUGUGUUGCACUUGCAUAAUACUGCUAGCCGGAGGAAGUGAAAAUAUAUUUAUAUAUUAUCCUCGUCGGUUCUGCCUGUUGGGUAAACAUGUAUAAACAGAAGCACCGAAAGGUUAGCUGGGUUGGUCAAGGUCACAUAAUAAGCAAAAGCCAGAGCCAAGAAAUGGCAAGACUUCUUAGGUGCCCUUUAUAUGUUAGAAUCAGUGAAUGUGAGAAAAGCUCUGGUGGAUCUGACCAAAAGCCUAUCUAGUCCAGCAUCCUAUUCUCAUAGCGAAUUGUUCUCUGGUUUUCUCCAGCAAAUGAUGUACCCCAGCCUUGACGCAGCUUCAUCCCACAAUUCUGCUGUAGAAAUUUUUAUUUCUGUUUUAUUGAUUUAUUAGAUUUAUAAGGUAAAGGUAAAGGGACCCCUGACCAUUAGGUCCAGUCAUGGCCGACUCUGGGGUUGCGGCACUCAUUUCGCUUUAUUGGCUGAGGGAGCUGACGUACAGCUUCCGGGUCAUGUGGCCAGCAUGACUAAGCCGCUUCUGGUGAACCAGAGCAGCACAGGGAAACACUGUUUACCUUUCCGCUGGAGCGAUACCUAUUUAUCUAUUUGCACUUCGAUGUGCUUUCGAACUGCUAGGUUGGCAGGAGCAGGAAUUGAGCAACGGGAGCUCACCCCGUCGUGGGGAUUUGAACCACCGACCUUCUGAUCAGCAAAUCCUAGGCUCUGUGGUUUAACCCACAGCACCACCUGCGUCCCUAUUAGAUUUAUAUACUGCCCUUAAUCAUAAGAUCUCAGGGCAGCUCACAGAAUAAAAUACAGGAUAAAAAAACAAAUAAUUAAAACAAAACAGCAAUCCAAUCGCACACACACACCCUCCCCACAGACACAUUUAAAAGGCUGCAGGAUAUUAAUCAGCCAAAGGCCUGGUUGGAGCGGAAUGUUUUCUGCCUAAAAUAUAUAUAAUGAAGGUCCCAGGUGGAUCUCCCUGGGGAGAGUGUUCUACAAACGGGGAGCUACUACAGAGAAGGCCCGUUCUCGUGUUGCCACCCUCUGAACCUCACGUGGAGGAGCCACACAAUGAAGGGCCUCCGAUGAUGAAUGCAAGGUUUCUAUGGGGAGGGGUGGUCUUUGAGGUCUUACGGUCCUGAGUUGUUUAAGAAUUUAAAAGUCUGGUGCCUCCUUGGUGGGACCUUCAUGUGGAUUUGUAUAUGAACGCAGGAGCAAAGAAAAAAACGGCCUGCAUGGUGGGCUAAUGGCAUGACUUUGCACUCUCCAUAAGAACAUAAGAAAAGCUCUGCUCCAUCUAGUCCAGCAUCAUGUUUUCACAAUGACCAACCAGAUGCCAUGGGAAGCCAGCAAGCAAGGCCCAAGUACAACAGCCCUCUCCCUGGCUCCCAGCAGCCGGUAUUCAGAGGUAGAGCAUAGCCAUUAUGGCUUGUAGCCAUUGAGAGCGUUCUCCUCCAUGAAUUUGUCAAGAAGAAGAAGAGUAGAAGAGUUUGGAUUUGAUAUCCCGCUUUGUCACUACCCGAAGGAGUCUCAAAGCGGCUAACAUUCUCCUUUCCCUUCCUCCCCCACAACAAACACUCUGUGAGGUGAGUGGGACUGAGAGACUUCAGAGAAGUGUGACUGGCCCAAGGCCACCCAGCAGCUGCAUGUGGAGGAGCGGAGACGCGAACCCGGUUCACCAGAUUACGAGUCUACCGCUCUUAACCACUACACCACACUGGCUCCCAAAUCUCUUGGCAGCCAUUUCUACGUCUUGUCAGAGUUGAUUCCACAGUUUAAUUCUGCAUUGCGUGAAGAAGACUAGCAAUAUCCCAGUGGAGGUUUCCUCUUGUGCACUUAGUUGUAGUUUUCCUUUACCUUUUAGGUAACAUGCCACCCUGAGGUCAGCUGGUACUAGGUCUUAGGGUGUUUUUCCUGCCUGCCUGUUUAUAUUUUUGUCUCUAUGUAUCACCGGUUACAAGGUACAAACAUCAAGGCUUGGUGUCCAAUUAUGUCCUGUGUUAAUUUGGGAGACUGGCAAAAAUACGAAAUAGUGCAAGUGUAAGAUGAGAGUAGGGGGGGGAUAUAUUCAGAGGUUGGAAAGUAGGUUAGUUUCCUGACUUGCAAUUGUUACCUCAUGUAGGAUAAAUGGGCAGCCGUAGAAUAUGGAAGUAGAAGAGGAAACUUGGGUAUGUUUUAACAUAAGGCUGAAGUACUCAGAUCCUUUGUAAUUAUUAAGAAAUUCCUCAAACCAGUCAAGAAAUAAUAGUUUGUUUUUAGAUUUUGAUGCUUCUGCCCACCACAAAGUUGUUAUUAACAGUUUGUUUUUAACUUGGAUUCCGUGCUGAGGAAUGGGCGGUUUUCAAAGGUGCACAUUUUUUUAUUACCACAUGCAAAUUAUUAAUAGGCAUUCUCCCAGAAAUAUGAGGAUUCUAGGAUCUCUUUCAACACAGGUUAUCAGGGGAGGGAGGGAUGUAUUGCUUAAAGCACUGAGCUCUGUAAAAUAGUAUUGUGCUAAAGCAAUUAAUCAUUUAAAAAAAAAAUUCUGGGGAAGUGCAUUCUCAUUUUUUGGUGAAUGCUAAUUAUUCUUCUGGCACCUGUUUGAUCUCAGGCAAGUAAGUUCAUAGUUUGUUUUGCUCCUCUAGCUGCCCAAUCAAACGGGUACUAUAAUACUGCUUUCUUUUUUUAGUUAAAAGAGUAAUAGACUGUGAUCAUUUAGCAUUAUGGUAUAUAUUGGUAGUUUUCAAACAUUGUUGCCAGGAACACAUGGAUUCCUUGCAGGCAGUAGAAUCAUAAAUUUAAUUGUAGAGUUGAAAGAGGCAACGAGUCCCCUGCAAUACAGGAAUCUUUUGCCCAAUAUAGGGCUCAAACCCACGACCCUGAGAUUAAGAGCCUCAUGCUCUACUGACUGAGCUAUCUCAGCACACAGUAUCAGGGGUUCCUUGGAAAUGGCACCCAAAGAGAGAGACUGUUACUCAGUGACUGAGCAUCUGGUUUAUAUAAGGUCAGAGCAGGUAGCAGUGAGCAUUCUUUCUUUGUCUGCCUGUGUGGUGUAUAUGUCCAGUUUAGACAUUAGACCAAAGGCAAAAUUGCCUGGGGCCAUUACAAGUUGUAGUAAGGACAAAUCUACCUAUCUGCUGGUCACGGCUUCAAAGAACAUGCUUGCUGCUGGUUUUCAAAUCCACUUGCAAAUAGUGUGCUCUGGUACUGACAUUUUAAAACAAAAACAUCUGGCUGCUUUGGUAGCCAUUUCUCGCCUGGGGAAAACUUAAUAUACAGUCAUACAUCAGGUUACAGACGCUUCAGGUUGUGUUUUUUCAGGUUACGGACAGUCGAAAACCGGAAAUACCGGAAUGGGUUACUUCUGGGUUUCGGCAGUCGCACAUGCGCAGAAGCGCUAAAUCAUGCUUUGCGCAUGCGCAGAAGCGCCCAAUUGCAACCUGUGUGUGCGCAGGCGCAGGUUGCGAACGCUGCGGGUUGCGAACAUGCAUCCCGCACGGAUCACGUUUGCAACCCGAGCGUCCACUGUACUCCUUUUCAUGUUAUUUUGCGUGGACUUACUCUUGUCUGUUUUACUGUAUGUUGGAAAACAUAUUUGAUAGUUUUAAUACAUUGGAAUCCACCUUGAGAACUUGGUUAGUGGGCCCAGGUAUAAAGGAUACAAGUAAACUAAAGUCCCCUCUCCAGUGGGGACAGUGUGGUGUAGUGGUUAAGAGCGGUAGUCUCGUAAUCUGGGGAACCGGGUUCGCGUCUCCGCUCCUCCACAUGCAGCUGCUGGGUGACCUUGGGCCAGUCACACUUCUUUGAAGUCUCUCAGCCCCACUCACCUCACAGAGUGUUUGUUGUGGGGGAGGAAGGGAAAGGAGAAUGUUAGCCGCUUUGAGACUCCUGAAAGGGAGUGAUAAAGCGGGAUAUCAAAUCCAAACUCUUCUUCUUCUUCUUCUCCCUUUGUGCAGUAGCUUGCUUGAGUCACCUAGAGCUAUUCUGCUUGCAGCACGCUGUUGGCAGCAGGGAGAAAAGGGUGCGUAGUCCCGCCUUCAGUUAUUUGCAGCUUGGCAGCUUCCUCUGGGAGACACCCUGGUAGGAAUCCCAGGAGGAAUUCUGUUGGCCUGUGCCAGGUAAUCCUAUUAUGACUGUAUUCUUGUAUAUCACGGUAGCAAUCGUUCUUCACAAUGCGCCUCUAUAUCCAGUUACAUGGAAAGAUAGUAGCCCUUAGGCUAAGAACAUGUGUAGGCAUGAAACGUACGUAUAAAACAAUGUCAGAGAGUUCUGAACAAUCUACGAGAUGUGCUGAACAGUUCUGUGCGGGACCAGAUCAUAUAAAGAUCCAUUGUUUAAAUGGCCUCUCGCAAGAAAAUCUCCCAGCACAUUUCUCUAAGUACAUUUUACAGGAAGGUGAGCUAUAGACAGUGUUAGAAACUCAGAUAUCCAGUGGUACCUCUGGUUACGUACUUAAUUCAUUCCGGAGGUCCGUUCUUAACCUGAAACUGUUCUUAACCUGAAGCACCACUUUAGCUAAUGGGGCCUCCAGCAGCCGCUGCGCCACCACUGCACGAUUUCUGUUCUCAUCCUGAAGCAAAGUUCUUAACCCGAGGUAAUAUUUCUGGGUUAGCGGAGUCUGUAACCUGAAGCGUAUGUAACCCGAGGUACCACUCUAUAGGCUAAUUGCUAAUAAGCCUAGGUUAUCGUCGCGACAACGAAAUGUCUAGGUGCUAUUUUUGUGAUGAGAUAUUAUUAUUAUUAUUAUUAUUAUUAUUAUUAUUAUUGAUGGGGGUGAACCAUGUGCUCCUUGGAGAAAAAUGUGGGAUAUAAAUGCAAUUAAUAAACUUUUCUGCUUAAGAAUGCAGGAGGGGACAGCAAGAUGGAGAUGUCAGUCGCAAAUCUGGCAUCCAGAGAUAUCCAUGUGGUUUUGGAACCUGUGCCAGUUACAAAACGCACCUGGCACCUGGCUAAUUUCGAACACCACCUAUAGAUGCAUUACCUAUGAUGUGUUUAGCUGGGAGCCUGUGUCUGUAUCUGAGGUGGUGAAAUCUUGUGGUUUUUCGGACCCAGCCACCCAGCCUGUGAGAUGCGUGUAGUUUAUCCACUCCUGGAAUAAAUUUUAAAAAGGCUGUUCAUUAAGUCCUAGAAUCAGGUUGACAUUUACACACACAUCCUUUUUUCUGAUGAUGACUACUAGCUUUUCAUUUUGCUUUUUGGAUUAAAUCUGUAGGGAACCUUCUUCAGCCCCGAGGGCCACAUUCUCUUCUGGGAAAACCACCUGGGGGCCGAAGUGGCCAAAGUAACAAAUGUAAAUUUUAGCUUUGUGCAGUAGCCUACUUUCUAACCAAACUCACACAUCCCUCUUUAUCCUCCACCCAGGCAAGCAAGAAACAUUCUCAGUGUUCAAGGAAACAUUCCAACUGGGGGAAAACCACUCAAAGUGGCUGGGGAAAGGGUUGUGGCCUAGGAGGAGUCCCAAGGCCCCUGGAAGGGCAGAUUUGGCUCCUGGGCCUGUUGUUCCACACCCCUGCUGUAAAUUCCACCACAACGCGUCACAUUCCCAAGCACCCAUGUUGAUAUUUGGUGGAUAAGCACACUUCUCUAAAUGACUGGUUUGGUUAUUGAAGGGUAUAAUUAGAUCAAUUCAAAACGAAUCCCUUGACUUCUAUAGCUGCUUGAUAACCAUUUAAAGAAAACGACCGUAAAUCCUUCAGUGAAUGAAGUGCAGAACCUCCGGCAAUCCUGGGUUUAUGUGCAGUGCCAACAUACUCCAUAAGGUAUUGCUGUCUGUUCCAGUCUCCCCGCACUAAUCCCCGUUGGAUAAAAAGGGCAAUGAGUCAAUGAGCUGGAAACAGCACAGGUUGAAGUGCUGGACGUGCCGGAUUCUGAAGCGGGGCAACUCCUGCCCUUGAAAAAUAGGUUGGCUGUGUUUCUGUAUUCGAGAAAAUGUUAAGGAGAUGGAAGCACCAUUUGGUGCAGUGGUUAGAGCAGGGGUCAGCAAGGUUUAUCUUGCCUGGGCUGCUGGAUUGGUCCCAUGAAGAUCCCUCUGUGGGCCAGAUUGUGUGAGCAUGUGCGCCUGUGAUUUUCUGUGUCUGCGCAUGCGCAGAUGUCAUUUUCGGCGUCUGUAUCUGUGCAGACGCAAUUUUCAGCAGCGUGGAAGCGAGUCCCCACCUCACACUGCACCGGUUUAGCGCAGCGCGCAACUCAGUUCAGGGGCAGCUUGUGGGCCGGUCAAACAACCUUCGUGGGGUUCUUCCAGCCCAUGGGCCUUAGGUUGCUGACCCCUGGGCUAGAGUGUUGGUUUAAAUCUUCAUUUACCCAUGAAGCUCACUGGGUAAUCUUCAGCCCACUUAGGGAAGUUGCUAAUUUUUGAUGUUGUAUUGUGUUUUUACUAUUUUUGUUGGGAGCGGCCCAGAGUGGCUGGGGCAACCCAGUCAGAUUUGCGGCAUAUAAAUAAUAAAUUAUUACAGUGGUAACUCAGUUUACGAAAUUAAUACGUUCCAGAAGUCCAUUCUUAAACCAAAACCGUUCUUAAACCGAGGCGCGCUUUCCCUAAUGAGGCCUCCCGCUGCUGGUGCCCUUCCACCAUUCAGAUUCCAUUCUUAGACCGAGGUAAAGUUCUCAAACCAGGACACUAUUUCUGGUUUUUCAGAGUUUGUAAACUGAAUCAUUCUUAAACAGGGCUCUUCUUAAACCGAGGUACCACUGUAUUAUUAUUACCUUACAUGAUUGCUGUGAUGAUAAAAUGGAGGUAAUCAUGUAGCCCAACUGGAGCAACUUGGAAGAAGGGGGUGAUAAAAUGGAUGAGUGAAAGGAACAAAUGUGAUAAUAGCAAAUGGCCCCUUCUACAAAAAAAAAUUUGAAGUGUGUGGUUUUUUCCUUGGGGGCAUUUCUGAAUCACUGGCAGUGGUAUCUCCAGUGCUGAUAGAUUCUGUAAAUUGAAGGCUCUCCUCCCUCCUUUUUAUCUGACUUUUCACAGUAAUGCUAACAUCUCUUUUCAAAAUUCUGUAAAUUCUGCUAUCUUUAUGGUCAGCUUGAAGCAAAGGGUUGUGGGGCCUGCAGGCAUCUUUCAACACUGAUCUUUGGGUUAUUUUGUUAUUUAAGUAGGGUAAGAUGUUAUGGAGGCAGCUGUUAUGGAAGGCAGCUGUCGAAGGCAGCAGGUCUCUGUCUGCCCUUGAGGAAAGCAGGACAUGACAUCAUCAUGUUGCGAGUUGCUCUACAAUUUUCUACUGUUCGGUUAAAGUAAAUUUUGUCCUUUAACCUGCCUGAUGCUUCCUGGUAUUGAGCUUUUUUCUCCCUUUUUUUUUUUAAAAAAAGCAUUCACAUAGUUGCUCAUGUUUGUGCUACUGAGUUUCACACGAGAAGGGGGGGGAAUGGCCAAACCCUGAUUUUGAACCCAUUGUAGUCUUGCUUUGGCUUGCAUCCAGUGCAGCACCAAGGAUUCGUGCUUGCACAAUGGAAACCUCCUUUCACCACAAACCCCUGAAAUCUGUUUUGUGAUUUCCCUCCAGAGCAGAUUUGAGGAGGGCACAGGGUGCACGCAUGGGGAAGUUGCAUUGGGCAAGAGGGAAUCUUCUCAUUGACAGGACACUUAUUGAAUGCAAGCCUUAAGAUCUUUUUUUAGUUCCAAUUCAACGCAAUGCAAAAAAUGGGUUAGGUUCUAUUUCAAUUCAAGAAAAAUAAAAAUAAAGCAGGAAGCUGCUUUCUUAGUCCCCGUUCAGUAUGACUCCCUGAUCAAAUCCGAAUUUAAUCUUAUGUAGAUAAAGCUUUACAAAGUUUUGUCUCUCUUGCCCAUUGUCUGGCUGCAAGUACAGACAGGUUUCGUACAAUGGUUAAAACUUCCUUGGUGAUUCUAGUUACAGGUAGGUAGCUGUGUUGGUCUGCCGUAGUCAAAACAAAAUUUAAAAAUUCCUUCCAGUAGCACCUUAGAGACCAACUAAGUUUGUUAUUGGUAUGAGCUUUCGUGGCAGGACCAGCUGCGAGAAAGGGCUCCUUUCGGGCCACUCGUCCCUCCGCCGCCACCGCCUGCCUCACUCGAGUAUAAGCCAUGGGGGGCUUCUUCAGCAUAAAAAAUGUGCUGAAAAAAUCGGCUUAUACUUGAGAAUAUAUGGUAGUUGGUCUCUAAGGUGCUACUGGAAGGAUUUUUUUAUGGUGAUUCUAACAUGCUGUAAUGCUUAACGCAUAGUAUGUGGAUUGCAUACUCUGUUUAAAGCCCUUGUAAUAUUUAAGGGACGCGGGUGGUGCUGUGGUCUAAACUACUGAGCCUCUUUAGGCUUGCCGAUGUAAGGUCAGCAGUUCAAAUCCCCGCGAUUGGGUGAACUCCAGUUACUUUGUCCCUGCUCCUGCCAACCUAGCAGUUCGAAAGCAUACCAGUGCAAGUAGAUAAAUAGGUACCACUGCAGCGGGGAAGGUAAACGGCGUUUCCAUGCACCCUGGCAUUCGUCACAGUUCUCCGUGCACCAGUAGCUUGUUAGUCAUGCUGGCCACAUGACCCGGAAAGCUGUCUGCGGACAAAUGCCAGAUCCCUUGGCCAAAAAGCGAGAUGAGUGCCGCGCCACAUGGUUGCCUUUGAUUGGACUUAACUGUCCAGGGGUCCUUUACCUUUUACCUUUUUACCUUAAUAUUUAACUGCUGUGAUAUUCCGUUAGGGACAAAGUUCAUAUCCAUUUGGCACUCAGUGGUCAGGGCAAAGAAAUGUGGCCUUGUGGACAAUAGGAAAUGCACUCAGAUAUCACAUCUUUCAUUUCAGAUGCUGCGUGUGCAUCGAGAGAAAAGCUGUAAACACCCUUGCGUAUCUUUGUGAUGGCGAUGCAAGAACUGGGUUGAAUGGACUCCAGAUGGCUGUUCAGGCCAGGUUAACUAAGCUCCAGCAGCAGCAGAGUAGCCCACAUGGCUGUUCUGUUAACGAAAUGGUCAUCACAGAAGAUCAUGUUAAGGAGGGACUGCAGCGAUCCCACAUUCUGUAUGAUCGAGCCGGUGAGUAGCUAAUAAAGAACGCCCCAUGUGAUGCAAUGCUAUGAAUGAAGCUUGGUACCCAGCUCAGCAAUGAAUAAUAAUAAUAAUAAUAAUAAUAAUUUAUUAUUUAUACCCCGCCCAUCUGGCUGAGUCUCCCCAGCCACUCUGGGCGGCUCCCAAUCAAAUGUUAGAAACAGUACAGCAUUAAAUAUUAAAAACUUCCCUAAACAGGGCUGCCUUCAGAUGUCUUUUAAAGAUAGGAUAACUGCUUAUUUCCGUCACAUCUGAAGGGAGGGUGUUCCACAGGGCGGGCACCACUACCGAGAAGGCCCUCUGUCUGGUUCCCUGUAACCUCACUUCUCGCAGUGAGGGAACUGCCAGAAGGCCCUCGGCGCUGGAUCUCAGUGUCCGGGCUGAACAAUGUGGGUGGAGACACUCCUUCAGGUAUACAGGACCGAGGCCGUUUAGGGCUUUAAAGGACAGCAGCAACACUUUGAACUGUGCUCGGAAACGUACAGGGAGCCAAUGCAGAUCUCUCAGGACCGGUGUUAUGUGGUCCCGGCGGCCACUCCCAGUCACCAGUCUAGCUGCCGCAUUCUGGAUUAAUUGCAGUUUCCGGGUCACCUUCAAAGGUAGCCCCACAUAGAGUGCAUUGCUAAAGUCCAAGCGGGAGAUAACUAGAGCAUGCACUACUCUGGUGAGACAGUCUGCGGGCAGGUAGGGUCUUUGCUUGCAACUGAAACAGCUCCCCUUCUGUAAUGCUAAGGUUCCCUUGGCAGAGAUGAUGUACAACUCAGUCAUACAAAGUGUUGGCCAACAUGCCAACAAGGCUUUGUUUUAAGAUAGGUUUCUUUCGGCAAUUGAAGGGGCGAAAUGCCUGUGGGCCUGGGCCCCUUCGGAGGGAAGGGUGGGAUCUAAACUUGAUAAAUAAAAUAUAAAUGAUGCUAAACUGUAUUUUACUGUCGCAUGGAGGGACAGCAAGAAGGUUGAUGCAGUCCCCACAGCCAGAACAAGGGCAUACGGAGCGUCUUGUUCACGGUUUACCCAAAUUGGAACUUAUUUUGACUGAACAGCGAGCAUUGUUUCAUUUAAACGGUGGUUUGUUAAAGCAAGUAAAGAUUGUAAACGUAAAGCUUGGUCUUGGUUUAGACCAUAGCUUAAAUGAAGCACAGUUUGUCCUUUCCCAGGCAACGCAAAACACAGAUUUUUUUCAAGUAAAACAAAUCUCACAGAGGUGAGGGAAGAGCACAUAAGUCAGACGUGUUCACAUAAUUGUACAAGUGAUCCAUGCGACGGUCACCUCCAGGCUUGACUACUGUAAUUCGCUCUACGCGGGGCUGCCCUUGAAGCUGUCCCAGAAACUCCAGCGGGUGCAGGAUGCUGCAGCAAGGCUCCUCACGGGGUCUCUGCCAUGGGAGCAUAUUCACCCAGUGCUUUUCAAACUGCACUGGCUACCGGUGGGGUCAGGUUCAAGGUGCUGGUUUUGACCUUUGAAGCUUUUUGUGGCCUGGGACCCUCGUACCUACGGGACUGCCUCUCCCAGUAUGCCCCACGGAGAGCCUCAAGGUCCAUAAAUAGCAACACCCUAGUGGUCCCGGGCCCUAAGGAAGUUAGAUUAGCUUCAACUCUGGCUCCGGCCUGGUGGAAUGCUCUGCCUCCUGAGACCAGGGCCCUGCAGGAUCUGAUUUCUUUCUGCAGGGCCUGUAAGACAGAGUUGUUCCGCCUGGCCUUUAGCUUGGAGCCAAUUUGAUUCCCUCCCCCUCUUUCUUUUUUCUUUCUCCUGCUGUGAUGAGGCUGCAUUUUAAUAUUUUAAUGUUUCAAUAUUUUAACGUUGUAUUUUAAUCUUGUUUUUAAGUUGUAUUCAUUCAACUUGUUUUUAUUAUUGCUUGUUAGCCGCCCUGAGCUCAGCCUUAGGUGGGGAGGGCGGGGUAUAAAUAAAAAUUAUUAUUAUUAUUAUUAUUAUUAUUAUUAUUACUAUUAUUAUACUAAACUACCACUUAGCGUUAUGUCAGAACUGGGCCUAUGUAUGCCGUAAUUCUAAUCACUAUGGUGGCUUUGAGCAGUCACAAAAAAACCCAUAGUUAUUGUCAUGGAAAUGAGGCUAGCUUCUAGGCUUGCAUACUCUCCUCUCUCCCACCACAGAUGAGAGGAAGAGUUCAUGUUUGAUUAACCACAGCUUGCUGCGCUGUCUGAACAAACUGUGGUUAAUCUCAUUUAUGGUUUGUUUGAAGCAUGGAAGUUUAAACCAUUGCUUACGAAGCUGGCUUGUUCGUCAAACCAUAGAUGAGAUAUAUCCACAGUUUAGAGUUCAGGUGUAAUGUUAAGCUGUGGUUAACUGGUAUCGGAAGUAAAAUCUUCUGGUCUCCUCCUCGCAGCCACAUUAGAAGAGAAGAAGAGGGGGAGCACAUGAGCCUAGGAGGAAGCUAGGCUUGUUUCCAUCACAACAAUCCAUAAUUUACUGUGAUGUUCAAAUGCAGCCACUGUGGUUUAGCUGAAACCCGUUCAUUUAUUUACUUUUAGAAUUUAUACCUACCUUUGCUCUUAAAGCAGGUUGUGAUAUGUUAGCGAAAGGAAUGCAACAGUGCAACGGCAGCAACGUUAGCAGUGCCAGUGAAACCAAUUAAACAGAAAGCCAAAUACAUAAAAUUUUAAAAAUACAAAAGAGCCCAGCCUCAUUCCCUCCUCCAGGGACCCGAGAGACUGCCUGAGCAAGAAGGUCUUGGCUAAUAAGAUAGCUGUUGCCUUCCAGAGACCAUUCUCAGAGGCCCACUCAUCUCCACACGCUCCUCUUCAUAUCCUCUGCACCUGUUCCAACAAUAGGUGUGGAGAAUUUGAGGAGGCCCUGCUGCUGGGAAGAUGAAACUCAUGAGAGGGGUUUGGCUCGGAACAUACUGUGAACUUCGUGCUAUUAUCUCAGAGGGAAGAACAUUGAAAGGGGUAGGAUAAUGUAUACCGGGUCUCCCUGGGGACCGUGUGGCGGUGGAGGGAAAACCGCUUUGUCUGUGACUAAGAAUAGCUUGUGGCGCUUCAUGUGUUGCCUCAUAAGCAUUUUCAGUAAUGUACAGAUCUAUAUUUUAAGAAAUCAUAUACAGUGGUACCUCGGGUUAAGUACUUAAUUCGUUCCGGAGGUCCGUUCAUAACCUGAAACUGUUCUUAACCUGAAGCACCACUUUAGCUAAUGGGGCCUCCUGCUGCCUCUGCGCCGCCAGAGCCCGAUUUCUGUUCUUAUCCUGAAGCAAAGUUCUUAACCUGAAGCACUAUUUCUGGGUUCACGGAGUCUGUAACCUGAAGUGUAUGUAACCUGAAGCGUAUGUAACCCGAGGUACCACUGUACCGUACUUUUUGGUGUAUAAGACGAGGGUUUUUUCUUUUAAAAAUAACUUUAUAAAUGAGGCUUGUCUUAUACAUGGGUAGUGCAUUGGGGGGACGGGCAAUUGGUUGCAGCCACAAUCAGGAGAUUCUCAGUGUUGAUUGGGCAUUUGAGUGGUGGCUGCGGCAAUGGCUGCUGUCUUGGCUGCCGCUGUGGCAAUUGGACGGGUGAAUUGCGUCUGGUGGCGGUGAGGGGGCAUAUGAUUGGUGCCUUUGGCAAUGCGUGUGAUCAUGCGGGUGAGCGAUAUUCAGCAGCCCCCCCAAAAAAGCUGAACAACUGUGGGCAUUCCCCCCCCCAAACAGCUUAACAACUCUUGGUAAGCUCCCCCCCAUUUUCUUAAUUUGGAGUCCCCAAAAUAGGGGACAUCUUAUACACAGGGGCAUGUUAUACACGGAAGAAUAUGGUAAUGCGAAGAUUUUGGCUCUGUGUGUACACACUUCCCCUUCCAUGGUAUUGGGAUUCUCCCUGCAAAAGAAAUACAGUGGUACCUCAGGAUGCGAACGGGAUCCGUUCUGGAGCCCCAUUCACAUCCUGAACAGAACGUAAGACGCAACUGUGCAUGCACGGAUUGCGUUUCGCCUCUUCCGCACAUGCACGUGAUGUCAUUUUGACCGUAUGCACAAGCGGCGAAACCCGGAAGUAACGCGCUCUGUUACUUCCAGGUUGCCGCAGAGCGCAACCCGAAAAUACUUAUCUUGAAGCGUAAUUAUCCCAAGGUAUGAUUGUAAACAUUUUUUUUUUAAUUUUACUGGGAAACCUCUAAGUGCCAGUUUGUACAACUAUAAAACAAUGAGCAGAGUGGUGGUAUAAUGACUACUGCAAUCAACACAAGAUAGUUUGCUCAAGGACAUCGUCCUCUUUCUUUGUUCCUCCCUAUGGAAAUGUGCAGAUGGGGACAGAUUUAAGUCGUUUGCAUACGGUCUUCUCUUGUACAUUAUUUACUACAAAGCUCGAUGACGUAAGUGCUUUAGCAAUGAAAUUUCAGAUUACCAUAACGACGUUCCAGCACUCAACCGCUGGUAUAUCACAAGUGCCCCUUUAGUACUGCGUUUGCAAUUGUUCAAGAAAAAAAAUCUAUUUUGGAAAGAGAAGAAAUGAGCACUGAACUACUGAUAACAUUACAAGUGAACUCUUUAUUUACUGCGUUUGCUAUUGUUUAAGAUAAAACCUAUUUGGGAAAGAAACUACUUGUGCCAUUUUUAUGGACGUUUAUUGUUUGUUUACAGAUAGUUGCCUUAGUGAUAUUACCUUGCGUCAAUUGCGGUUUGUACAACCAGCAGACUCAAUUGAUAAGGAUUUUCCUGGAUGGGGCCAUGUCAAGCUGCGUGGGUUGCGGUGUUGCAUGUCUGAAUGCUUCCCAUCUGGGUGAGAUGUCUAUGCAUUGAAAUCAAUAAUGUUGGGGAGAAGGGAUCAACUGGCCUUCUGCUAUUUUGCUUUGUGCAGAGAAUUCUUGGCACUGGGGUACAUUCAGAUAUGUAGCAAGGACACAGCUGCAGCUGAUGUCGUCAUUCUGAUUCUGUUGGUUUGCAGACUUCGGGCCUCAUUACGUUAUCUUGAUACCAUCUUCAGCAAAAGGGAUGAAGGACAGACACAGGACUCUAAAACAGCAGUGUUUACCAUUCUAGGUUUCAGUUACGUGCCAUCAUUAUUGUUAAAGCAGGAAUAAACCUGACACAAUAUAUGGAUAUGGUUUUAUUGUAUGAUGUAAACUGUUUAAAGAGCCACAGCAAUGUUCUUUAAACUCUGGCCUUCAGAACUGGAGGAGACCUAGGGAAAUCGUUAACCCCCAACAUGGGCAUUAGUCCACCAUGAUUUGUGGAAUGGUGCUUCACAUUUACUAAAAAACUGUCAUUUAUAUACUUAAUACUUUGCUGCUGGCAGGAUGUGUUAGAGUUUUCAUGGCUUUUUCUUCGAAAAAACAUAAUAUCAUUUAAAUGCAAUCCCUGCCGCUCCUCAGUAUUGACAUUCACACUAAUACUUAGUUGAAAUUUUCAAUUAUUUGAUUUAUUUUUGGCACUCCUUUUUAAGGAAAUGAAUUUUGCAAUUUGCUUAUGUCAGAGCACCUGCAUAUAACCGCAUGCGAGGAUCCCUAAUUUGAUACCAGCUCUUGCUAAAUUCGUGACUUGGCACCAUGACGUGUCACAAACGCUGGCCAUUUCUGUCUGUCUUUGCGGUGGAGAUCGGAAUUGGAGAUUGCGCUAUGAGGAUUAGGCUUGUCUCCUUGUAUUUAACUAGUUACGUGCUAGUAUUUAAAUAGUCUUUGAAUGAAUGCUGUUCAUGUAUUCUCAACUCUGAGCUUCGUUCUGUUGCCGGAAGUGGCAUUUUUAUCCAUUUCCUGACCAGCAAAAUAUGUUUUCUUAGUGAUACAACGCAAACUAUUUCUAAAAUAUUUUGAUGAGAGAAGGUUCUUUUCUAAACUUUGUACAAAAUAUGACUGUGACAGUGAUUGCGGGGAGGAGGGCAAGAAAAGUGCAACGAAAGCAGCCAUUUUUCUCUCCCUAGUUGUUAACCAUGAUAAUUAUUAUUCCAGCUUCUGCCCAUCAUAAAUAGUGAUGCACAAUCUUAUAGAAUUUGGCCAAUGGACUGUCUUGCAGUGGCUGAGAGCAGACGUUAGAUUAUGUGGUGUUUGGUCUCAUUUCCAAGUUAUACUUGGGUAUAGUCCUUGCUGGCAUGAAGAUACAGUCACUCCUCAUAUUAGCAUGGGUUCAUAUGUGUACUUUUAGGAGUUUAAGAUAAGUACAGAAGACUUCACAAGUGAAGUGAAGUACCGCACUUACCUGAACAUAUUGGCACAACGCGACCUAAUCCCUAUCCUUGGAGAACUCACUUUUUACACCAAUUCAUUGUGAGUGCUUUCUGCUACUCUUCUCCUUCUUUCUGCUUCCUGAUUUUUAAACAUUUACCAGGCCAUAAAGUGGCCCAUCCUUUUGUCCCACGACAGCUAAGUUUAUUCAGGUGAGGGACUUUUAUCAAAAUCGUUUUGAAGUCCCAGGUACAUUUUCUUCAUACAGCCAUACCUCGGGUUGAAGUCGCUUCAGGUUAAGCCUUUUUGGGUUGUGCUCUGCAGCGACCCAGAAGUAACGGAGCACGUUACUUCCGGGUUUUGUCGCGUGCGCAGACGCUCAAAAUGACGUCACGUGCGGAAGCGGCGAAUCGCGGUACGCGCAGACGUGGGUUGCGUUCGCUUCAGGAUGCGAACGGGGCUCCGGAACGGAUCCCGUUCGCAUCCAGAGGUACCACUGUAGUAACUACUAUCCUCAUCACAAUAUGGGUCAUACAUGUUCAUCACUGUAACGUCAGGAAACUAAGCUUUUCAUACGACUUCCUUUUAGGUCAGAAGUGACUACAUGCAGCUGUUUGAGCUUGGUACCUUCCUCCUCAUAAUACGAGGCUCCCAGAUUAUAAAAUAAAAUAAAAUAAACUACAACAAAUGCAGUGUGCAGUGAACACUCAAAGAACUGGAAAAGUGGAAUGCAAAUAGAAGCUCGGUGCUGUACAAUGAUUCUAAUUUCCUGGUUCAUGGAGAAGCUAUUUUAAAUGUCCCCAGAUUGCUGCCCAUAGAAUCAAAGGAGAGAUCCAAUAUUUUAAUAUAGCUGGGCUUGCCGGUCCGUCUUCUCCACCCACCUCUGCUAAAAUGUAAAGGAAACCCCGCCCUUCCAACAAAUAGCUCAACGAGUACUGAGCAUGCUCAAUGAAUAUUUCAAGUGGCUUAGAAACACCGCAUGAAAGAAUGCCAGCUGGGGGAGAAGAAGGGCGGGGGGGGGACAGGUCACACUGCCUUUCUCAACAUUUAAAGGCCAUCUUGGUUUUAAGAGACCAGGCGACGCCAUUCCCAGGACUGCGAUGAGACUCCCAGCUGCUUGGUUUAUUGCCGCCUGCUCGAGUUGAAAGCCUGAAUGCUGUGACAGAGCACAGACACGCUGUUUAUAUUGGCCUGAUAACGAUGGCAUACCAGUGGGCUUUUUGUGUGGAGCGCUAUUAAAAAUAGCUGUCUGCUGGCCUUAUGUGUCGUAGAAAGAGACCACCCUGGAGACAAGCGGAUAGGGAAAUCCCACUUCAGAGGGAUUCAGGCUUACGCCUUUGCUAAUGAAGAUACAAGUGGUUCCGCCUUUAAAUUCUAAGGCAGGAGGGUACAGAUCCCAUACUGUUAUGCGUUGCUUCUAGUCUAUAUAACAAAACACCUGAUAAUCAUUCCAUGCAUCGGGCAGCAGUUUGGGGCUAUGUGGAAAGUGCAUAGCGGUACAACUUCACACCGUUGUAUUGAAUAAUUACUUACUUACUUAUAUUUAUGUUUAAAGACACAUCCAGUGCUUUGUGAUAAAGAUGUACAGUGGUACCUCAGGUUACAGAUGCUUCAGGUUACAUACGCUUCAGGUUACAGACUCUGCUAACCCAGAAAUAGUGCUUCAGGUUAAGAACUUUGCUUCAGGAUGAGAACAGAAACCGUGCAGCGGCAGCAGGAGGCCUCAUUAGCUAAAGUGGUGCUUCAGGUUAAGAACAGUUUCAGGUUAAGUACGGACCUCCGGAAUGAAUUAAGUACUUAACCCAAGGUACCACUGUACAUCUGAAUGAACAGGAAAUUUUGAAACAUUCUGCUUGUAACUGAAAUGAUUACAGUUGCGCAUGAAACCUACAAAGACUUACAGAAUGAACAAAUCAGACCUCAAUCAGACCAAGGGUCUGUCUUGCUCUGUAGUCUUAUCCCCUCUUACAAACAGGGCUUGCUUCCGGGCAUUUGGUAAUUGGAAACUUCUUGAUUUUGGACCUGGAGGCUGCAUGUAGGUGUCAAAGCUAGUGGCCAUUGAUAGAUCUGUAUGCUGUGAAUUUAAAUAACCGUUUCAAAAGACAUCUAAACUAGUGGUCAUCAAUGCUGCUUAUAGCAAUUUAUUCAAAGCAUUAACUGGACCCUAUUGUCUGUAUUCCCUUCCGACUGUCUUGAAUGUUUUUUUCUGGAAAUUUAUAUACUGCUUCAUUACAGUAUUUUCUAGGUGGUGUACAAGUACUCAGUUAAAAAGAAAGGAUAAAAACCAGAUAAAUUGUUUGUUUGUUUGUUUAUAUCCUACCUUUUUCUUUCAAGGAGCUCAAAAUCAUGUACUGCCAGUCAGUUGCACUGAAUGACCAAGUUUGUUGUGGAGGGUGUGAUUUUUAUCUAUUUAAUUAUUUUUCUGAAUAGGAGAAGAGCAUUACAACUGCAUCUCUGCCCUCCAUAAAUCUAUGCGAGGCUCUGAUGAAAAUGCCUCUCUUUACUGGCUCGCCCGAAUGCUGGAAGGUGGUGAGGAUCCGCUCUACGUAGCAAGAAGGUUGGUAAGGUUUGCAAGUGAAGACAUAGGUGAGUUACUUAAAGCAGACUAGUUUUAUUGUCUUAUUUGCUUUUUAGAUACUGCUGUGUGGAGCUGUGUUUUAAGAGACGAUGGGAGUUGUGGUCCACUGGUGCCCCAGCCCUGCUAUAAAAGAGUUCAUUUUAAUAUGCCCUUGGGAGAGGGUGGCAAGGAACAGAGUCAACUCUCGCUUACUUGACAUUGGAAGGUCCUUCUAGCCGUGGCUGGGCAAGCCUCUGCUGACUGGCUUGUAAGCAAGAUUUGGGAGGCUCUAUGUAGAGUGGACAUGGGUGGCGCUGUGGUCUAAAACACAGAACCUAGGGAUUGCCGAUCAGAAGGUCGGCAGUUCGAACACCGUGACGGGGUGAGCUCCCAUUGCUCGGUCCCUGCUCCUGCCAACCUAGCAGUUCGAAAGCACGUCAAAGUGCAAGUAGAUAAAUAGGUACCGCUCCAGCGGAAAGGUAAACUGUGUUUCCGUGCGCUGCUCUGGCUCAUCAGAAGCAGCUUAGUCAUGCUGGCCACAUGACCCAGAAGCUGUACGCCGGCUCCCUCGGCCAAUAAAGUGAGAUGAGCGCCGCAACCCCAGAGUCGUCCGCGACUGGACCUAACGGUCAGGGGUCCCUUUACCUUUAUCAAGAGUGGACCCCUAAUUGAGUGCAUUCACCUCUUCCUCACUGCUGUCACUACUUGCUCGCUCUCUUGGCCCCAAACUGUGUAGCUAUCCAGGCAAAGAGGGCACGGAGAAUUUUGCUUCUUCUUGCCUAGCUGUCCAUACUCACUUGCUUGGAGGGCACAAGUGAACAGAUAGCAACAGAGAGGGUCCAGUGGGUUCCAAGAGCUUGUAAUGGGCCCUCUCCCGACAGCGCCAGCCCCUUGACAACAGCCCUGACAUGACAGUUGGCUUAAGGAAUAAGAUGGGCACUGUAUGGAUUAUUACAUUGCUGACCGUGAUGUGCUUUCUAAAAUGUAAUUUUUGGUUGUAGGAUUGGCUGAUCCCUUGGCGUUAACCCAAGCGGUGGCUGCUUAUCAAGGCUGCCACUUCAUUGGAAUGCCAGAGUGUGAGGUAAAGUUGGUAUAAAUUUACUUCUAUAAUUGUCAGCAUCUCAACCACUAAAUGUUGCCUGUGAAUCCUGGAAGACAUGCUCCCUGCUUUGCAGGCCUUUUCCCACCUGGUCUGGGAGGGAGGGAUGCAGACUGACUCCAGCUACAAAAGCUGAGAUCGCUGGACAGACUCUUGGGCUGGUGUAUUUCUUAGUGGAGGUUGUUGCUCUUGAUUUUAAUCUUUUGUGUCUUUAUUUUAGAUCUUCUUGUGAUUUGUAUGAAAAUUGUUCGGUUUGGUUGUUUAUUAGUACUUUUGUCAUGUUGCAGUUACGUGGUUUGUUCAUGUUGCAAGCCACCUUUAGCAUGGUUUGAACUGAAAAGGAGGCAUACAGAUAAAAGUUGUGUAUAUGUUACUCUCACCUGCCACUUUCAGUUUCUUCUGUUUUAUCAGUCUGGUUGUAAUUAGGCAUUGGCUACUGACUAGUUAAUAAAACCUCUGUUGAGGGAGCUGCAGGGCUAUGGGCCAACUUUAAGGUUUUCCUAUUCUCUGAAUAUAUAAAAACCCAAAACAACCUGGAAGCAGCGGACUUAAAAAGAUCACCUUAUUCCUUAUAUCACUGCUCAGUCUUUGCGAUCCACCACAGAAGCAAGGUCCCAGUGUCAGAUUGUCCUCUACAAGAAAUUGUGCAUUUUGUGUAGUGGGCUUAGGCAACUCUCUAGCUAAUGAAAUCAAUUUGGCACCAUCUGUAACGAGUUUUAAAUCUGUUUAUCUCAGAAAGCCUUACAAAAACGCUUCGCGGUUUUUUCGUUUCUCUUGUCACAUGACCCAUUUUGUACUCCAGUUUCUUCAGUGCAUUUUGAUCUUUGUUUUUGUUGUUCUGGGUUUAAUUUGAGAUUUUUGUACAGGCACAUACACUAAUGGCCAGAAUUGUGGAAACCUUUUGGGGAAAGUGUAUCUCUGAGGUUUGAUGACUCAUAACACCACUUUUUUGGAGUAAUACCAUACAAUUAUGUAUCAAUGGAAAGAUAAUUUAAUGAAGAAUGUAAUGCAACAAAGUUUGUUCAAUUAUCUGUCAAAUUAUCUAUCAAAAGUUAUAGCCAGAUAACCAGAAAAAGGAAGCACAACUUGCUUAGGUUGAGAUGCAGUAGGUUUCCUUCAUUUGAAUGUAGCCAGUGAGCAUGACUGUUUAGAGAUUCAGUCAGGUAUUAUGAACCAUCAAACCUCAGAAAUACACUUUUUCCAAAAGGUUUCCACAAUUUUGAUCACUAGUGUACAUUUGUAUGAGUGUGUGGUUUAGAAAUGAGUGAAUAAAAAUAAAAUGAGUUUUCGUUUAUCGUUUCAGUAUCACUGUGUUCACAUGACCCAUUGUCAGCUGCACACUGUGAGUGACACUAUAAAACUGGAUGUGGGAAAACUUGGGCCUUGCUGAACUUCACUCUGGGAAGCAGGAUGUCAGACUAGCAGAGGCCAAUUCAACAGGAGUCUUCUUAUAUAUUAUGUUCUUCUCUUUAUUAGAAAAGAUACCUGGCGGCCUCAGUAGCAAGCGUUCUGAAAGCGCUUCGUAUUAUUUCAGUCUAUUUUUCUAUUUUCUCUUUCGUUGUACAGGUCUUACUGGCGCAAUGCGUGGUCUAUUUUGCCAGAGCACCAAAGUCUAUAGAAGUGUAUGGCGCUUACAACAACGUCAAGGCAUGUCUGAGAAACCACCAGGGACCUCUUCCACCUGUUCCUUUGCACUUGAGGAACGCACCAACCAGGCUCAUGAAAGACAUAGGCUAUGGCAAAGGUUAUAAAUAUAACCCAAUGUAUAAGGAACCUGUGGAGCAGGAUUACCUGCCUAAAGAACUGAAAGGGGUCAAUUUUUUUACACAACAAAGAAUGUGAUGAGCCUACGUGCAAUGUGGUGGCCAGCUUUCUCCUGCCACACACACACAUGCACACUUAAGUUUAAUUUUGCAAUAAUUUCUGUUUUAACUCCGCCAUGUUAUCCAGGCACAGAAUUAUGGUUUUGUGAGGUAAAAUAUAUCAGAAGUUAUGGACUUCGUGUAGAAAAUGGAUGUCCACAAUCUGGUCUACAGUUGUACAUGUUUUAAGAUCAACUGAAAUCAUUGGACAUAAGAAAACAUAUCUAGGUCAGGCAAUGGUCAUUAUUUUUUUAAAAGAAAACAUUUGGGACACAAUCUAGCCUAGGUUAGGAACUUGUUCUAUACUGAAUGCUCCCAAUUAAAUCACUUAAAUCACUUAAAAGGGGCCUGCUUCAUGCCGUGGGCUUUUCUCGAAACUGAAAAAGGACUAGGUUAAAAGAAUAAAAAUUCUGCAUUUCCACCUUGAUAUAGAAAAAGUAAUAUGACGGGAAUUUAACCCACUUGUCAGAUUAUUUUUGAUACUGUGAAAUUUUGUAAAUAAAGGUUGAUUUAAAACUUU